AAAGUCCAUCGGCUUUCAUUAAUUUCAAAAGAAACGUUCCUUCAGUUGCUAAUGGCAAUACUUGACACGGAUGGCUGUAGCGCAGCAGGACCAUGAGUUAGCAUCAUGCUAAAUUUAGACCGACCAAAGCUUCUUAAGAAGCCACACGUUACGUUCUUCUCUGUCAGCUGCGUCCAUGAAUGAGCACACAAAGACAAUUACUUAAGAGAAAAUCCCUCAGGCAGUUUUUAAUUCUAGAUGAGGCAUUACAUGAUUAAAUCAUAGGGAAUGUCUUCUGGUGUGGCGCAGAUGUCCGAGAGCCUCAGUUGACCCUGGAAAGCCGAAGAGGAUUUGACACAUUGCCGGGAGUCACACACGGGAGUAAAACAACCUUAGCAGUGACAGUAGAGCACCCUUAGGUCCCUGCUCAGUCACACCGUUUGGCAGGGACCACACGACAGCAUCCGCCAACAUGUGUGACAUGGGGGUGCUGGAUAACCUGGUCGCCAACACAGCGUACCUGAAGGCCCAGGGAGGCGAUGACAGGGAGUUGAAGAAGAGGAGACGCAGCCUGUCCCUACCCAAGCCAGAGGAGUGUAUGAUCACCCGGGCCACGUUGGAGAAAGACUUUCAGCUGCUCUGUGAGAGGCAACCCAUAGGGAAGAAACUUUUCAGGCAGUUCCUCCUGGAGUCAAACCCACAGUAUGUGGCAGCCGCAGAGUUCCUUGACGAAUUGGUUGACUGGGAUUUGGCGGAAGUCGCUGGCAAAGAUAAGGCAAGGAUGAACAUCAUCAACAAGUUCUGCAAGGCUCACUCGAAAAGCUUUCUUUCCUACCUCGUGGGCGAGGUAGCGGACAAGUGCAAGGCGGUGACUGACAAGGAUUUUGAAGAUGUGAUGAAUGGCAAGGUAAAGGAUGCCACACAGGAGUACUUAAAGGGAAAGCCUUUCUCAGAGUACCAGAACAGCCAUCACUUUGACAAGUUCCUGCAAUGGAAAGAGUUUGAGAAACAGAAAAUUACGGAGAAAUAUUUCUAUGAGUUCAGAACCCUUGGAAAGGGAGGUUUUGGAGAGGUUUGUGCCGUGCAGGUGAAGAACACGGGUCAGAUGUACGCCUGCAAAAAGCUGUGCAAGAAACGUCUCAAGGAGAAGGACGGUGACAGCAUGGCGCUGCUGGAGAAGCAGAUCCUGGAGAAGGUCAACAGCCGGUUUUUAGUCAACCUGUCCUACGCCUACCAAACCAAGACCCACCUGUGCCUCGUCAUGACCCUGAUGAACGGGGGUGACCUCCGGUACCACAUCUACAACACUGGUGAGAAAGGCCUGGAAAUGAACCGGGUCGUCUACUACGCUGCUCAGGUCACCACAGGAAUCCUUCACCUGCAUGCCAUGGAUAUAGCGUACAGAGACAUGAAACCAGAGAACGUCCUGUUGGACAGCUUUGGCCAGUGUCGACUCUCGGAUCUGGGGUUGGCCGUGGAGUUGCCGGGUGAGAAGGCCAUUAACCAAAAGGCUGGCACAAGUGGCUAUAUGGCCCCAGAGAUCCUGAAGAAAGAGCCCUACCGGAUGUCAGUGGACUGGUGGGCGCUGGGCUGCAGUAUCUAUGAGAUGGUGGCAGCUCGCCUGCCCUUCAAGGACUACAAGGAGAAGGUGCAGAAGGAGGAGGUGGCACGGCGCACCCUGGAGGAUGAGUGCAAGUACGACCCGAAAUACUUUGACGAGGGCACAAAGACCAUCAUCGCCCUCUUCCUCAAGAAGAAGAUCAGUGCUCGUCUGGGAUGCAGGACAAAGAACGAGGACCCAAGGAAGCAUGAGUGGUUCAAGUGCAUUAACUUCCCUCGACUGGAGGCUGGCCUGAUUGAGCCGCCCUGGGUUCCUAAACCCAACGUUGUCUAUGCCAAAGAUACAGGAGACAUGAGGGACUUCUCAGAGAUCAAGGGUGUCGUGUUUGACCAAAAAGACGAAAUGUUUUUCAAAGAGUUCAGCACGGGGGCGGUGCCCACUGCCUGGCAACAGGAAAUGAUUGACAGUGGACUUUUUGAUGAGCUAAGCGACCCCAACAGGAAAGAGUCAGCCCCUGGACUGAAUGACAAGGAGAAGGAAUCAAAGUCCUGCACGCUUUUAUAAAAACACUAUGACUUCAAAAGUCCAAUCUUAAUUAACCACAGCACAAUUGGACCUAAAUGGAUCAUUACAGGACAUUUUGCUGAUGUCAUGGGACAGAGUCAGUGUUUGAGAUAGAAUCACAAGGAUCUAGCUAGUCUGAAGCUAGAGUAGGGAAAGUCGUCCUGGGUUGUCCCAGAACUAAUGUCUUGGGUAAUUUAUGUUUGCCUUGUAUGUCCUUAAGAGGGGAAUGUGUUGUGCAGCCAGUGGCUGAGAUGCAGUAGCACACUUCUAUCACAUGGUGUCCCUAUACAUCAAGAUUUCAGAAUCUUUAUAACAGCAAUAUUAUAUUAUACUGACCAGCAUAUAACAGUUUUAGACAAGCAGUUUCAUACUUGGAUAAUUUUCUUUUUAUUGGAGUUUCAUUGGAUUCCAAAACGUCUUCACAAGUUGGUAUAUCUUAACGCCCAACAAAUUCGCAACCCAAAUUUCUAUAAUUGUAUGAAAUAUGUACAAGUAAAAUGUAGCAUGGAUCUCAUCGUGCUCAAGCUUAUAAGCUAUGUUAAAAAAAUUACGUAGGGUUUAAUUCAACUGCACUAUAACAGUAAUGUAAGUGCAGACAAUUUUAAUCCAUCAGUUACACAUCAGUUACACUGAUUACAGUUAUUCAUUAAGAUGCUGGAAUGUUUAUAGAGGAUGUUUGGUCAGCAUUGAUGGUUUAUUAUAACAGUCUGUGUAUAUAGGCAAUAAGUGGAAUAGAUCUCACAAGAAUGUUCAAAUGAAAGGCUGGUCCUUUUUUGUACUUGAGUUUCUGUUAUGUUUAUCUUUAUUAAGUGACAUUUGAACAUUAAACAUUUUUACAUAUU